AUGUACAGCUGGGAUUUUUAUACCCUUCCUGUGAACAUGAAAACCAGUAGAAUUUCACGGACGCAGAGAUCCAUUACUGCGCGCGGCAGGGGAGAGGAUGCAGCGCGGAGGUUCCUGCCACUUUAUGGCUCACUGGCUCGCGCUUCCUCACUAGCCUGGGAUGGGACGCUGCCGAAGAACCAGCCUAGCCUGCAACUCUCCUCUCUGCGCAGGACCGUGCCCCUGCCGUGUCCCCUAACCACUCACUCCCGCCAGUCCGGUGCCGUGAUCGACCGCAUCCUAAUUUUUAAACUGACAGGGUCAAAUAGGGAACCUAGAGCAUGGCAAUCCUCCAAACUGAUGAAACCUGGCCUCCCACUGUCACAAGUUCUGUAUAAAGGUGGCAGUCUCUGCUUUCACCUCCAUUUUGGCAAGAGUGUCAGGAUUUGUUUCUCUCUGAGUUGACAUCUGUAUGUUUGGAGGAAGAGGGGAAAAAUGGAGAACAAAAUCUGGAAAGGAGAUAAAGAACAUGGUGCUGGAGUGUGGACCUGGGAGCAGUGCAAUCAGGCUGCCAGCUGCAUGAAGUUUCUAAUAAGGAAAUUAGACCAUGAUCAUUUCUGGCUAUGUGACUCUGGUUCUAAAUAGGUUUUACAAAUAGAUAGUGAUUGAGCCUGGAAACACAAACAAAUUGGCUUUGCAGAAUAAAGGCUGAACUACAUUUUGG